AUGGCGUCGAGGAAACAAACGAAAAGAACUAGUGAGCGUCAGGCUGCAAGCACCCCGUCUGAACUAACGAACGUGCCGAACGUCCACGUAGAAGAGGUCGGAGAGCUAGAAAUGAGGCGAGAACUGUUGAACCAGGUCGAGGAUCGGCGCAUUCACCACCAAAUAGAGCAGCGAGUCCGAGAAGAGACUCAACGUCAAGUCGGUCCCUUGGAGAGACGAAUUGAGGAACUCGAGGAACGGAUUCUAAAUGCAAUUCAAGGUACGAAUCGAGUAGUAUCGCAUAGUGGAAUGUCCAGUUCAAGCGCAGAAAUGCGUCAAGAAUCAAGGGACGCCAGUCCGCCACCCGUCACCAACAAUGGCGGCCCAAGUCGGUUCAAUGUCAUGAUUGCUGCGAAAGUUGUGCCGAUCUUUGAUCCAGACAGCGAAGAUGGCGGCUCUUGUCGUGACGCUAGGCAAUGGUUCUUGUUUGUAGACCAGGUAGGACGUAUCCAUGGCUGGAGUGAUGAAGAGAAAGUGUUGCUAAUACAUAUGCAGCUGCAAGGUGUGGCAAAACGGUGGUUCCUUAACCAGGUGGAUCGCGUCCUAAGUUGGCAGGACUGGAAAGCCGCCAUAUUGGAUGCUUUUCCGAGGACGACGGAGUUCCAUUCACAGUUGCUUGCUGUCUCUGCCCGUAAGAAGAAACCGGAAGAGACGUAUAUGGAAUACUUCCGUCACGUGGUCAGCUUGUGUCAGUCCAUAGGGACUGAUAAUAAACAAACGGUGUCGUGCCUAAUUGGAGGACUGCCCGCACAUCUCCAACCAAAUGCAGACGCCGUGGAUUGGAAAACCCCGACGGAACUUUACAACAGGUUCCUGUCAAAAUUAGAUGCCAGGACCACGGAAGGCAUUUCGACUUCUCACGAAAGGCCGUCGCUGCGCUCCCGUCCACACCCGUCGCCGGUACGCCAUCAACAAAACCGGAGCCAUCCCUUCCAGGGGCCGAGGACGCAUCUAUCGUUCCAUGAACAAGGCCGCCGCAGAGACAGGAGGACGACUGACGAUGUUGAAUCAAGGCGACUAUCCGGGUCGGAUCUCAAACGGUGUUUUAACUGCCAGGAGGUAGGUCACAUUGGUCGCAACUGCCCACGAUCCAGGACCAAUGAUGUCUGUCGCCUUUGCAAGGAACGGGGACAUUACGCAGAGAGGUGUCCUAAGAGGAGAGAUGUUAAACCGCGAUUCGAUGUACAGCGAAUCAACGUUCUCCAAAUGUCUGUGCCUGGCUAUCGCAAAUGGGGCGUUACACCAGAAGGAAACGGGUUAUCCGUGUACCUAGACGCUGGUAGCGAGUGUAACGUUAUCUCGCCAGAAUGCGUGAAGAAAAUCGGACUUCAAACUAAACCUGUACAAGCGAUACUGUCCGGUUUUGGGGGCGGCAGAACAGACGCCAACAGGCAGACCCAGCUGGCAGUGACUGUCGACCGAUGCCAAUUGACGGUGGAUGCAGUUAUUGCGUUCAUACAUCUUCCGAAUGUAGAUUUGCUGAUCGGUCAACCAGUGCUGAACGAUGGGCAUACCCAUAUGGAGGUGAAAGGCCAGGAAGUAACCUUGUCCUGUUCCACGGACCAGGAGGCGCAGGCAGAAAUGGACGUCCAACUGGAGCGGGAGCUUCACCUUGGACCAGGUGCCACCCGGAUGGCAUUAGUUCGCUUGCUUGGACGCCAUCAAGGAGAGACCACAAUUCCUGCCAGGAUCCUGGAUGAUCACCGACAACCACUGGCCAUGUCCAACGUUAAAUUCCACUCAGACAGCGAUCAGGCAACGGUGCGUUUGACUAACCUGUCACAGAGCGAGGUCACCAUCCGCGAAGGAACCAGUCUGACUAAGGUACACCGGAGAGAGGCGCCCGAAAACAACGAAGUUGAGAUGAGAGAUCAAGUAGUUGUAGAGGGCAUAGAUGAAGGGGGUGAUGGUAGUUUAGAUGAUGUCGACCGCAAAAAGCUGGCCGACCUGCUCGUAGAAUUUGCAGACUGUUUUGCGGAAGGUACAAGUGACGUUGGAGCCACUCCAUUAACGACCAUGAAGAUAACACUUACUACAAACAAGCCGGUCGUAAGAAGACCGUACCGCCUAGCACACUCUGAACGAGAAAAGGUUAAGGAAAAGAUCAGUGAGCUGUUAAAGAAUGGGAUCAUUCGGGAGAAUGAAUCAGAUUAUGCCAGUCCCAUUAUAAUAGUACCUAAGAAGGACGGAGACAUCAGACUUUGUGUCGACUACAGAGAGCUGAAUAAAAUUACGGUGAAGGACCGCUACCCAUUGCCACUUAUUGAGAACCAACUAGAUAGACUGGCUGGAAGUAAAUAUUAUACGACACUCGACUUAGUUGCAGGAUUUCAUCAGAUUAAGAUAGAUGAUGGUUCGAUUCAUAAAACUGCAUUUGUGACACCUGACGGACACUAUGAGUAUCUAAGGAUGCCUUUCGGAUUAGCCAACAGUCCAGCUGUUUUCCAGAGGGCAGUCAACAAGAUGUUACGAGAGUUGACGUCGGAAGGAGUCCUAGCCUACAUGGAUGACAUACUAAUCCCCGCAAAGACUGCGGGAGAAGGUAUUAAAAUGCUUAGAGGAGUUCUUGAGAAGGUCAGGAGUGCCAAUUUUAAAUUAAACACCACCAAAUGCUUAUUUUUGAAGACACACCUAAAUUUCUUAGGUCAUGAGGUAGCGGCCGAAGGUCUGAAACCAAGAGAGAGGAAAAUACGAGCAGUGGAACAAUUUCCUGCGCCGACACAAAUACACCAGGUACUACAAUUUAUUGGGUUGGCUAGUUAUUUUAGGAAAUUCGUCAAAGACUUCGUUACAAUUGCCAGACCGCUAACUGAACUGAGAAAGAAAGACGUAGAAUGGCAGUGGGGCACCAAACAACAGGAGGCUUUCGAACAACUGAAACAAGCGUUGUGCUGCAGACCAGUAUUGGCUAUCUACAAACACGGAUUAGAGACAGAGGUGCACACGGAUGCGAGCAAAUUGGGACUAGGAGGAAUAUUAAUGCAGACUCAGGACGAUGGAAUUAAAAAGCCUGUGUCAUUUUCCACAAUAGUCCGUCAUGCCAGACACUGUCGAACACGCUGGCCAGGUCCACCGCUCCCGUGCUUCUCCCAAUGUUCCUACCCUUCACAAUGA